CAAAUGAAAACAAUUUCAUCGCAAAUAAAUAAAUAAACAGGUCAGGAACGAAGUGCACUUAUGUGGCGAGUAGUAAAACAGUUUUAAAUCAGUUCAUUGAUUUUGCUUUACAACCUGAAUUCAAGUUACAUUUCCAGUGUAACCUACAAUAAGUUCUACACGUUUCCCAGUACAGGAUGUACAGGAUGUAAAGUUUCAGUAUUGCAGCAUGUAACAGUUGAGUGUAAAAACCGUCCUGUUUUUAUUAUACGUGGAAGGCAGAAGGUCUGCCACUGUCCACCAGCAGUAAUGAGGCCUGUAAAUUAUAUGAUGCCAUACUUACACAGUAUGUAACUUGGCGUAAUGAUGAGACUCUAGGAGGAAUAGAGGGCUGUAUGGCUCAGGUCCAAGCAGCUGACCCAGAUUUUGUGAUGGGGCAUGUGAUCAGCACUGGAUUGCAGUUGGUGGGUACAGGCAGUUCAGUGCUACGGGAUGAAAAAUUGGCCAGUGCCGUGAGCAGGACGCUGGAGCUCGCCAACUGCCAGGAACUCGCGCAUCGAGAGAAACAACACGUCAAAGCAAUCAAGCUCUUUUCUAAAGGAGCCUUGGCGCAGGCAUGCGACGUUUGGGAAGAUAUUUUGGUGGAACACCCCACAGAUAUGCUGGCUUUGAAGUUUUCUCAUGAUGGAUUUUUUUACCUGGGCGAGCAGACUCAGAUGAGAGACUCGGUCGCCAGGGUGCUUCCACACUGGAAACCACACAUGCCUCUGUACAGUUACCUAAAAGGCUUGUAUUCAUUUGGACUUCUUGAGACUCAUUUCUAUGACCAAGCAGAGAGGAUAGCAAAAGAGGGCCUGGCUUUAACCCGUGAAGACGGCUGGUGUGUCCACUCUGUGGCUCACGUCCACGAGAUGAAAGCAGAGAUAGAAAAGGGGCUGAAGUUCAUGGCCUCCACUGAGAAAGACUGGGUGGUGUGUGACAUGUUGGCAUGUCAUAACUAUUGGCACUGGGCUCUGUAUCACAUUGAGAAGGGAGAGUAUGACGCAGCUCUAAAAAUAUUUGAUGAGCAGGUUUCCCGUCGUUGUGUAAAGUCUGGAGCCAUGCUGGACACAGUGGAUGCCUGUUCACUGCUCUACAGGCUAGAAAUGGAGGGUGUGAGCGUAAAGGAACGUUACCGGGAGAUGCUGCAGGUGACAAAGCCACACUCAGAAGACCACACUCUGCUGUUUAAUGAUCUGCACUUUCUCAUGGUUUCUCUGGGCAGUAAAGACACCGGCACCACCCAGCAUCUGCUGGAGAGCCUACGAGAGCUUGCCAAAGAGCCAGGGGAGAACCAUCAGCACCAGCUUGCUAACACCAUUGGGCUGCCUAUGUGUCAGGCAUUGGUGGAAUAUGACCAAGGAAACUACAGCAAAACCGUGGAGCUGCUCAAACCAUUAAGAUACAGCUUCACAGAUAUAGGGGGCAGUGAUGCACAGAGGGAUGUCCUUAACCAGCUACUGAUCCAUGCUGCCAUGAAGUCAGAGAACAAACAACAUCAAAAAUUUGCCAGGUGCUUGCUGGUUGAGAGAGAUGCAGCAAGGCAGAACUCUCCUCUGACUGACCGACUUAUUCAAAGAGCCCAUUCUCUUCACAUUUAGCCGCAGAUACAUGUCAUUUCAUUACAUUUCAUUAUAUAUACACAUUCUUUCCAAACUAAAAACAUACCAUAUAUAGUACUGAUUGAUAGAGAAAGAGAGACGCACUAACAUACCAGAAGGCAAAACAUAUGCUGACUCUGGAGCUAUGUGGCACCACUAUCUGUUGUGCCGCUGCGUUGGCCAGAGGAAUAAAUUUGCAUAUAUUUUUUUAUAUUUUUUUUCAAUAGAUUCCUUACAUCAUUUAAAAUAUUAUGGUAAAACAAAAACUUCUUAAAGUCAUACAUGUACAGUAAAGGGGAAACACUUGAUCAA